GUAUUGUCCCGUUAAACCGACCAGAUUCAUCAUUUUACAGGUGAUGCGCACGCAGUACACUAAUAUACACCACCACACGUAAUCUGCUCAACAAGAAGAAGAAGAUGGCCGAGCCCAGAGAAAGUGCGGAAGAAAUCUCUGCUCCGCUAAUUGUCAAGUACGGCGGUUCUCCACUAGAUGAGGAAAACUCUGCGGUGGAGCAAGUGGCUCUGACGGUUCCCAUCACCGACGACCAGACACUGGCCGCGGUGACAUUCCGGAUGUGGGUCCUUGGGGCGUUGGCCUGCUGCCUUCUCUCCUUCCUCAACCAGUUCUUCUGGUACCGCCGGGAGCCGCUGACGAUCAGCUCCAUCUCCGCCCAGAUCGUGGUGGUUCCGUUGGGGCACCUGAUGGCGAAGGUGGUCAGCCGGCGCGUGUUCUUGAAGGGGCGAAAGUGGGAAUUCACGCUCAACCCGGGACCGUUCAACGUGAAGGAGCACGUGCUGAUCACGAUCUUGGCCAACUGUGGCGCCGCCAAUCCCUACUCCGUCCACGUCGUCACCGCCGUCAAGGUUUUCUACAAGCGCGCGUUGGGCUUUUGGGUGUCGUUGACCGUGGUUGUGACAACCCAGAUCUUGGGCUUCGGAUGGGCCGGAAUGUUCCGGCGAUUCUUGGUGGACCCCGCUUCCAUGUGGUGGCCCCAAAAUCUCGUCCAAGUAUCCCUGUUCAGGGCAUUUCAUGAUGAAGAAGAGAAAAGCAAAGACAGAUUAACCAGAAACCAGUUUUUUCUUGCGGCCUUCAUGUGCAGCUUUGGUUACUAUGUUUUCCCGGGGUACAUUUUCCCAAUGCUGUCUUCGAUUUCAUGGGUGUGUUGGGUGUUCCCGGGUUCCGUAUUGGCCCAACAGCUUGGUUCUGGGCUAAAAGGCCUAGGCAUUGGAGCGGUGGGCCUGGACUGGUCAAGCAUCUCGUCUUACAUCGGGAGCCCACUGGUGAGCCCAUGGUUUGCCACGGUUAACAUUGCGGUCGGGUAUGUCCUCCUGCUGUAUGUCAUCACUCCCGUCCUCUACUGGAACAAUGUUUACAGCGCCAAGAGUUUCCCCAUAUUUUCGGAUGGACUGUUUAAAUCCAACGGCGCAGAGUACAACACAUCUGCAAUCGUGGAUAAGGAUUUCCAUAUUGACUUGGAGGCGUAUGCUCGUGAGGGUCAUCUUUAUCUCAGCACUGUAUUUGCCAUCACUUAUGCCUUCUCUUUCGCAUGUCUCACCGCCACUCUUGUUCAUGUCAUCCUCUUCCAUGGAAGAGACAUAUGGAAGCUCAGCAAGUCUGCCUUCCAUGAGAGGAAGAUUGAUGUUCACACAAAGCUGAUGAGAAGAUACAAACAAGUUCCGGAGUGGUGGUUCACUUGCAUUCUACUUUUGAACAUCUCUGCCACUGUGUUUGUAUGUGAGUUUUACAAAAGCCAGUUGCAAUUGCCAUGGUGGGGUGUGUUGCUAGCUUGUGGUAUUGCCUUCACAUUCACACUUCCUGUCGGCAUAAUCACGGCCACCACUAACCAAACACCUGGUUUAAAUGUGAUCACAGAGUACAUAAUUGGGUACUUGUAUCCAGGAUAUCCAGUUGCUAACAUGUGCUUUAAGGUCUACGGCUAUAUCAGUAUGAAGCAGGGGCUAACCUUUCUACAAGACUUGAAACUCGGCCAUUACAUGAAGAUCCCCCCAAGAGCAAUGUUCAUGGCUCAGGUGGUUGGGACCUUAGUAUCCGCAUUUGUGCAUCUCGGGACAGCUUGGUGGCUAAUGGAAACUGUUCCAUUCAUAUGUGACCGGGCACUACUUCCCACGGGCAGCCCGUGGACUUGUCCGAGUGACCAUGUAUUUUAUGAUGCCUCAGUGAUCUGGGGUUUGAUUGGACCGCGUCGAGUCUUUGGAGACCUGGGGUACUACUCCGCCAUUAAUUGGUCUUUCUUGAUAGGUGCCAUUGCUCCUGUCUUGGUGUGGUUGGCAAGCAAGGCCUUCCCUGACCAGCAUUGGAUUAGGCUGAUCAUAGUGCCUGUGCUACUUAGUGGAACCAUGAAUAUGCCCCCGGCAACUGCUGUCAACUACAACAGUUGGAUAAUCAUUGCUUUCGUUUCUGGUUUCGUGGCAUAUAGAUACUAUCGGAACUGGUGGAGCCGCCACAAUUAUGUGCUAUCAGGCGCGUUGGACGCUGGGUUGGCCUUCAUGGGAGUGUUGCUAUACCUGACCUUGGAAAUGGAACAUAUCCACCUGAACUGGUGGGGAAGCAAUGUAGAUGGGUGCCCUUUGGCUUCUUGCCCAACUGCUGAAGGCAUUUCGGUUGAUGGCUGCCCCCUGUUUUGAGCUGAAGUAGCUCUUGUGCAGCCGUUGAUCAUUUGUGAAUUGUGAGACGAUGAGACGCGAAGAAAGCAGGGAUCUGGGAAGUCAUCUGUUUCAGUGAAUGACAGUGAAGUCGUCUUCUUCCUGGAGUUGUUGUGGUUCGUCUGCUUCCUGCGGAAAGUCUUCUACUGCGACUUGGAUGAUGGACAACGAAUACGUCAAAUAGUUCCUGUUAGACAUGGGAAAAAGGCGCUGACUUGUCGCCAUCAUCGCGCCUGGACGAUGACUGGACGACGACUGGUGCGCCUUCUCUUCUUCCGGCGAGGCAAGGUAGUUUAGCGAGCAAUCCCUAGUGCCAAGACGCCUAGUCGGCGCCUAGACGACGACGCAGCGGCAAGCAUAACUUUUAAAUCGAUUCAACCAACAACGGUUAAAGUUCUAAGAUGAAAGCAUACUCUUUCCCCCUCUCUCCUCUGCAAUAUUAUUUGUAUAAAUUGGAAGUCUUAUGAAUUGAUUCUCUCAUCCUGCAGAUGGUGACCUUUCUUUUCCUUUGUGUUGUGUUUUAUUCUUCUUUUUGGUUGCUAGUUCUGUUCUAAGAUGAUUAAUUGUUGAAAAGUUUGGGAAUUAAUAGGCUAAAUUGGAAUUAAUAUUAUUUAUCUACUUCA